AUGGCGUCGCAAUUUAUCGGUUACAAUGUCAUGGUGGAGCUGAAAGAGCCACCGGGUGCCAGGCUGAUCGGCCAGGUCGCCAAUGUCUUCGGGCAGCGGUUGGUGCUUAACAAUGUGACACUGCUUUGGAAUGGCCAGCGCUUUCCUCAAUAUUCUAUCGAUGCUUCUCUGAUCGGCGAUCUAUCUCUCGAAACCAACACCCAGGUGCCUCCGCAGCCUCAAAAGGUAACCCAGCCACAGGCUCCCACUCUUCCUCAAUCAUAUGCGCCAUUGGCUCCUACCCAGGUUGCUCCGAUCCCGCAGGAUUUUACGGAUCCAGCGAUCUUGAGUUACACCCCUCUGAAGUCCAAGCCGUCCGCCGAAAACAGGCCACCCGCUGGACUCGCUCAUCACGUUCCGGAGAAAACCUCAGCCUCUUUGACCGAGCCUUUCAGCAGUCUGGAAUUAAAUGCACAUGGUGACAACGCAGGAACGCAGGGGGCUUCCAACAAGAACCGAGGACAAGACCCGUCACUUCUAAAGCAAACGCCCAAGCGUAACCGACGAGCUCACCAAGAAAAUCUGAGCGAUGAAAGGGGACAUGCUGCGAAACAUGGCGCUGCAGCAAGUACUAACCCCAAGAGCAAGGGCUGGCGCCAAACUGCUUUCGUGGAGCCAGCAGGCCCUGCAUUCCCGGAUUCGCCGGUGCCAAUGUCUCGACCUGGGCCUAAGCUGCGCAAGAAGAAGUCGCGACGCUACACUGAGGACCCUAGUGGAUGGGCUACCGAGGAUGCGACUGAUAUUCAGGAGCUGGGUGAAUUCGAUUUCGCGAGCAACCUGUCCAAAUUUGACAAGCGGACUGUGUUUGAACAAAUUCGCAAUGAUGACACUACCGCGGAUGAAGAGCGCCUGGUCAGUUUCAAUCGCAAGAUCAAGCCAGGGACUAACGGAGGUAAAAACCUCCACUGGACUGAGAAUGUGCUUGAUAGCCCCCAGAACAGUGACACCGGUGACACUACUGGCGAAGACUUUGAGGGUGGGAAUGAUAUCAAAAUGGGUGCCGAGGUUCUCUCCGCGCGUGAGCGCCCACGAGCUCAGCCAUCUCGCAAGGAUAGUGCCAUUCACGCUCCACCAAUGAUGCCUCAACUUAGUGCCCUUGGUCGCAGCCAGUUGCAUGUUAAUGUCUCGCGUACGACCAGCCCUCGACCUAACCGAUCGUCAGUCUCGCCAAUGGUUGCCCCCAAUGUUUCAGGUGCCGGUUCUCUUCGUCUUACGACUACCAACCGCAGCUGCCCUACCGUGAGCCCUUUGCAGACUCUGGAGAUCGAGCAAAUCUCAGUUGCUGAGUUUGGGUUGGCCGAAGAGAUUAUUACCGAGAAUGCAGGACGAGGCAUCGCAGAGGCCGCUGUCGCUCUGGUAUCCAACGAUGCAGCCGCGCCAAACAUGGUCAUCAUUACCGGUAACCACCGUACUGGAGCGCGGGCGAUCGCUGCGGCUCGUCAUCUCCGUAAUCGUGGCCACCGAGUCACCGUCUGUUUGCUUGGAUUGGAACAUGAGGCCGAGCUGCUUGAGAGCUGCCGUAAGCAACUUGACAUCUUCCGCAAGGUCGGUGGACGAGUGCUUAAGUGGGAGGAGCUUUCUUCCCGCCUGGCCACCUCUGACCUGGGCCCCGAUCUACUCGUCGAUGCUCUGUUCGGCAUGCAUCUAUCUUUUGAUGAUCUUCGAACCGACGACCAAAUUGUGGCUUUCGAGAUGAUCUCAUGGAUCAACCGCAGCAAUGUCGGCGUGCUCUCUGUGGAUGUUCCUUCUGGGCUCCAUGCUUCCACUGGUACGCUUAUAGCACAAUACUCAACCCCGCACAUUUGUACUAACACGAAUUUUAUAGGAGAAAUUACUAUCGCCGAGGGCGCUCGCCUUUGUGUUAAUGCCACAUCCGUGGUGUGUCUUGGAGCCCCCAAGACUGGAAUACUCAAUGCCCUUCUGUCCGCUGAACGAAUUUCCUGGACAGUGGCAGUGGCCGACAUCGGAAUUCCUCAAAUCGUCUGGCGCAAGUAUGGCACUCGCCGUCGUCACGGUAUUGAUUUCGGAAACAAAUGGGUGGUUCCACUAAAGUACCAGCCUCUGAUGGCUUAA